UGUCAAAUCCAUUAAUUUCAGUUAAUUCAGUUUACUUUUUAGCUGCUCAACAAACAUCUGCUAGCUCCACGGACCUUACAAUUCUAUGACAGAAUAGCUGGCUACUCAUGAACAACUGUCGUCGUUGCAUGAUAGUUGUACGGAAACACCUACACACCCUCUUUCUAUCGAACGGUUAUGCCCCCUGUGGGCAUUCACGGCACACCCAUCUGUGUCAUAAUGGCAGAUCUUUACCUAAGUCGCCCCUUAACGCUCGCUCGCUGAUCCUUUGAAAGGGAAGGAACAGAUAGGCUGGCCAGUAUACAUAGCACAAUCUGCAUAAUGCAGGCGUUUCUGCGCUGUGAUACCCAACUAUCCUCGCGCCAAGUCGUCGUGAACGGCACCGCUCAUCUUGUUGACUAUUGGCCUCUGCUGUGAGUGUUAACAUCCCUCGUCGCUAUCGUCGUUAUAGCAGCAGCCGACGAGAGCUCCCUCUCCCAAGUGGCGCCAGCUGGGGCAAACAUACGACAGUAGUAGUGGUAGUAGUAGUAGUAGUAGUAGCAGCGGCGAGCCGACUGGGAAGGACCACUGGUGUCUGUGCGACAGACUUCGCUUGCAGCCGGUCGGACACAGUAUCAGUCUGCGAGGAGACCGAUGAAUCCUGCUCCUGCACUCACCUCCUCUUCCUCGUCCGAUCAAACAGGCCAGAGUGAGCUCCCAAACGAACUCGUGAUGAUGUAAACAAAUCGCGUGAGCAUCGGGCAACCAGACAGCAAACUUCCCUGUGCCUGUUGUAGGUAGGGUUUGCUGCCCAGCUUCUGUUUCGACUAUAGUGAAGCAGCGGUGUGACGACCGGAAAAAUCAGCGACAUGACUAGUACGAUUGUUAUUAGGUUAUUUGACCACUGCUACAACGGUUGUGUCUGUUACUAGUUGGUAUAGACGGUUCCGUCAAUUCGCGCUCUCGACUAAUGCGUUUUAUUGAGCCUCUAGGCGACGACAUGGCGUCAGUAUCACUCGAUCGGCGCCCGUUCUAUCGCAAGUAAGCGGCAAUUGGGCUAAUACAACAGAAAUUCUUAGGAGAGCAACAAUACAGCGGAAGACUUAAACCACGGAGGGGAAGAAUUGCAUCGACCGGCGAUAGCAGCACUUGCGUUUUGUGAGUGACAUUUGCUAUCCAAAGGUUCGAUUUUGCCUGGCUUGGACACGCCAGCGUUGGAAGAUUAGGUCACCGUGGUGGCGCCUAGCAUGCAGGACCUCAAUUACAGUGCUAUAAUAGUCGCGAACGAGAUAAUCGUUAUUCGAUAGAUGUGAGUUGGUCUAACAGCGUACGCUGGUUGACUAGGCCGUUGCAAGAUUGGCAUUUAGGUUCGUGUUUUCGGUUAUUAGGACGUUUUUUUUUGCUGCUGGCCAAAGAAGCUACGUUGAAAUCUAUAGGCCGCUCUAUUCGAAAAAAGUGGACGACAAAAUGGAGGACAUUAGAGAAGCGCCCAAAUGACAGUAACAUCAAGUGUUCUAUAAGGCUAACAAUUGUCAGUUUCAUCUUACUCGCAAUGUUGUGACAGGGUGCGGAUCGGGUGCCGGCGGGUAUUUAUAUGGCAUUCCGUUGACGUAGUGGGUAAACCCACCAUAGCCGCAGAGUACCCAUAUUCGAAAGUGGGGCACUCCAGCACACUGUGCAUUCGCAUGAGAAUUGUCCUGGAGUACCUAUACUUUCUUCACUGGCGGAAUUGACCGUUUUCUACAACUGAAUUAAGGAGAGCGCCUAUCACGUGCGGUGAAACGAAUAGUUUUCGUUCGCUUUGCCUCGAAUCACAAUUCAGCUCACGGAAGCAGCGACCGGAGAGAUUCUCAUUAUCGAUGACUAAAAAAUCCCUGAUCCUUUUGCAAGUUGCUGCCGGCAGAUCUACGCGUUAUGGAAUAUUGCGACUCACUGGCGAGGACACAUGUUUUCUACCGAGCGACAUCUUCAACGUACUGCUAUUCAUUGGAACGGUCAAGACGAAUUUUCUGACACUGGCAAAGGCAAAACAACGUAAACGUAAGGCGCGUCGGUCCAAGUCCAGCUUGACAACACAUGUGAUUCCAAUCGCGAUGCAUCGCCGCGGAGUGCGUCGACUAAACAGGAAUAAAGAAAAAGAGUUAAUCCACACUGCAUUAUACUCUCAAAAAGACCUUUCUUCUUCGACUACACCUAUUGUAUGUGACGGCAUCGCGAUACUAGCAACGGCAGUCGGCGCAUAAAAUCAGCCUGCUACCUGGAUUCUGAGUGGUAAAUUGGACUUAACCGUUUGGGUCGAAGAGGAUAUCCACUUUAUCUGUCUAUUGUUGGCGUGAAGCGUGGCCUCGAUGGAGGAUGGGGAACGAGACCGCGAUAAAACGCUUUCAACAGAGGGCAUCAAUCACUUGCCCCUCCCACGUGGUCGGUAUAAGGUAGGCUCCGUAGACAUGUUGAACGGCGUCACUCGGGAUCGAGGCGUCCUCUUCCGUAUCUUUUAUCCGUGCGAUGAAAGGUCGCAUAUCGUGGAGGAUGUCGACCGCAGAACAACCUGGCUACCGCAACCAGAGAAGAAGUAUUCUGAUGGCUAUGCCAAGGUGCACGGAAACCUUACCUAUUUCACGCACAAGAUACUCGGAAAGCAAACAGCGUCCUUAUACGUUCCCGCUACAACGAACGGAAGGCCGGUGCGAGAGAACCGCAACGCAUUUCCGCUGGUGCUUUUCUCACACGAUAUUGGCGAAUGCCGAACUACAAGCUCGUCCCUCUGUAUUGAGCUUGCCUCGCACGGCUGUGUCGUUGCGGCUGUUGAACACAGGGACAAUACGGCCUGCCGGACAUUCUAUGUCGAACGGGUGACAGUAUCGGCUAGCUGCAAUGCGGACGGCGAAGAAGAGGUAGACACUGUUGACGGUGAAAAAUCCCCCAAUAAUCAGACUUGGGAUGAGGAUAGGGAAGAGACGGAUGAGCCGCUUCGCGGCGAAGAAGAGGUUCCAAUGUGCGAAUCUACUCUUGAUGAUGAUGAGGACGAAAGUGAUUGCGGUGACAGCGUCCAAGGAGAGCAGAUCAGCACAAAGGAUGGGCAGCUAAACGAAUCCGCUGAUGAAACUGACACAUCUGCCAAAUUUAGGACAAAGACAUUUGGCCAAAGCAGAACCGUCUGGGUGAACUAUCGAUCGAUUGAGAAAUCGCCAUCGCUCUAUAACAUCCGCCUACGCCAGCUGCACCGCCGAGUGGCUGAGCUGAUCCGCACGCUAAAUUGUCUCGAGAAGAUCAACGCGCGAAAGGCGUGUCGAAACGAGCUGCCGGACAACUGCUCCGCGGCGCUCGCCGGUAUCAUGGACCUGAACCGAGUCACUAUCGUGGGUCGCGGUUUCGGCGGGGCCACGGCCUAUAUGACGCUGCAGAUGGAGGAACGCACGCUGUGUGGGGCGGCUAUCGAUCCACUGAUGUUCGUCAUUCAGACGGACCGCCCCAUCAACGUGUGUCGACCACUUCUGCUCGUUUUGAAUAGCCGACAUACGGCCCGCGAGGACGUCCGCAUUAUCAAAACGAUGUUCCGUAAGACGUACACGACGGCGUACACUCUGUUGGGGUCAGCCAGUGACGCCCAGAGUGAUUUGCCCUUCGUCCGCCAGCCCUCGCUGUGGAGUUCGCUAAGUCUGUCGUGGCCGAUGGUUGCCCCGGGAUCGUUCACGAGUCUUGAUCUCGGGAGCAGCCUGCUUCUUCGGUUCAUGGCAGACAAGUGUAACUUUUGCACUACGUUUAUGGGGCCUAACCGCGAAAAAUAUGAAGACUACGUCCAGCGAAAGUCCAACCUGAUUGAGGCCGGCGUUAAGAUGCCGAGUCGGCUGUUCUCUCGGUAUACGAAUGCAAGAUAAUUGUUGUCGAAUAGAAGUCGCGGGUGACAGGAAAGCGCCAAGAGAAGCAACGAUUUUGUAUGAAGCAACAAUGUGAACACUUACAUGGAACAGAUAUUGAGUAGCUGAGAAAACCAGAUUGUCUAUAGAUCAUCCUAGACCUGUCGCCUAGACGCCGGUGACAAAGCGGACGUUCUUUCUUGUAUCUCCGUAAUCUCUGUAAUCAUCAGGCCAUGUAAAAGGGGUAAGAUUCAGCUGAAAAGGAUAGUCUGCGCUAUCUGUAUAAAGAAUGUGAACGUAAAGUCGGUUUUUCUGGUGGCUGACAGUGUCAUCUUUGCGAAAUCUAGCUGAAACUGCUAAUAAAUAUUAAAGAGUCCCGGGUAUGAAUCGUGCAUGGCUCCGGACCGUUCAAUAUACCGAGAGAGAGAAUGAGGGAAAAUAUGACGGAAAGGAGCAGAAAAAGAAGCGAACAGCGCAUUAGUUUUUGCGGCUUACGGAACAUCUCAUCAUAUCCGAUCAUACUGUAUCUAAAUAUAAAGGCUAGAUACGCACUGCUGGGACACGCGGGCGCACUAAAUACUUGAGACAGACGUAACUAGUAUAUUAUUGACUCCGAAAUAAGCAGAUAUGGGAGUAGAAAUGUGGUCGAGCGUUGAUCAGAAACAGUCCGGUUGGAAUGUGAUAACAUAAAUUGUAAACGCCGCAGUGAUACGUGCUACCUGACAUCUGAAAAAUUUAACAGGAUAUCUGACCAGACUGCAUAAUAAAAUAUCGUUCGUCCCAUAAUAAAACCCUAUACAUUUAGUCGGCCGAAGAUACACUGUAUUCGAUUCCGCAACAGCUGCUCCCUUGCGUGCUACUCUCCUGGAAACAAUUAUUCAUCGCCAGCUACCAACUUGAUAGCGAACUUCAAAUUUCGCGCGUCAGUGCUAUACAAGUCUUAUACGAAAGUACAUCGUUUUUAUUUAAUUUCUUUCAAAUAGACAUGACAUGCUUAUAUAGCUAUCAGACUCACAUACGACACCCACGCCGCUGUUUACUCUAUUGUAAGCCGGAAACACCUAUAAAAGUACUAGUUUAUUUCCUAUCGAAGUUCCAUUGAACGCAAUUAGCAGUUCGUACUACAUGUACUUAAGUUUCUCGUCGAUUAAACUUCGAACAAAGGACAUAGUACAUUCAGUUUACAAGUUGGCCUAAGGCCACAAUAGCCUGCAGGUGACCUUCGCUUACAGAGGGUACAUUUUCAUUGUUAUCUAACAGUUUCAAACAUUGCGAAUUUUGUGAGAGGCUUCACAGAAAACCAUGUGACAGUGAUACUUUUAUCCCUUAGCCUGCAAAUACUGAGCAUAACUUUUCUAUGCAUAUGUAUAUUCGAUCAUACUCCUUUCAACCUAUUAUAUAAAUUAUUAUUUCAUUUUGUCCUCUUCGUUUCUCACUAGAAUGAUACCAGAAGCCUUUCUGUAUCACCCCCUUGAUUUUCCCGUUUACCCCUGACGUGCCCAAUAGAAACUACUGCGAUAGAUUUUGCGCGUGAAAUUUGAAAGCAAGCGGAUAGCGGCCGAAGAUUGGCCGCUAGCAUCGCGACCAUAGGCACCACAUCUAGCCUUGACGCGACUUUAGGUAGCGAAUGAUAUGCACAACAUUUGCCAAUUACUUUUGCGAACCACCCAGGUCUCUCAACAUUUUAUCGUGAUUUCUGCUAUAUACAUACUAUAAGUUACAGGAAUGUAAGCACACACACACGUACAGACUCAGAAGUUAUAUAUACUUCUUUGUUUCGAAAUAUACAAAUUCCUAACAAAAA